GAGGGAAGGAAGAAAUUGCUAGGGUAUUUGUUACGAUAGAGACGGGGUGGAGGAAGAAUGUGUCUCAUGUUUUAGAACAUAUAGUUUCGUUCUUGAGAUAUUUGCGUUUAAAUAGCAGCAGUAAAUCGCCUAAAAAUAAGUUCAUAUUCAUGGAUUUUGACCAACAAAAAUUUUAUUUCUAACCAAAAGAUACAUACUAUUUGGAAUUAGCACAAAAACCUUCAUCAAAUUGUUUCAUUAUCAUAAAAAAUAAUUUCCUACCAAAACUCGACCCAAAAGACCACAUUUAGAACUAUGUCGAAAGAACAUUAAAGAGAAGUAGAGAUCAAAUUUUGGUAGAAAUUUCUUUUCGUAAUAGUUAAACAAUUCGAUAGUGUUUUUGUCUUAAUUUUGGAUAGUAUGUGUGUUUUAAUUAGGAAUAAAAUUUUCCAUAGUCGAAACUUUCGAAUAUGAGUCCAGUUUUAGACAAUUUUACUGUUGGUAUCUAAACAAGUGAAUUUCUCAACAAUGGAGCUAUACUUUUGAAAAGUCUAUUCAACUUUUUUCUGAUCCUAAAAUAAGUGAAAAAUAUCGAAACGAACGAAAUUUAACUAAUGCUUGAAAAAUGGUGACAUAUACAUUUUUGUAGAAUUUGAUGAGUUCUCACCAACUAUAACAAAAAGAAUUGCUGUAAAUCUGCAUUGUGAACACUUUAACUUAUGCAUUGAAAAUUCAAUAGAAUCAUUUAAAUAUGAGUGGAAAAUCCCUUUGAAUAUGAGACUUGAUCUAUGUAUUUUCAUUGUUAUCAUUUUUAUUUUUAUCUAUUAUCAUCAGAGAUGAAUAUCGAAAUAAAAUCUAUUCAAGAUAAAAAUAAUAUUUAUUGAGCUCUAUGUGACAUAAAACUAUCUAAUUUUUAGGUUCGAAUAUCGUUUAUUUAAUUUUCUCAUUUAUAGAAACAAAGAUAAAUUUUUAACUAAACAAAUAUCUGAAUGUCUCGACGCGAAUUAUGCAGUUAUCGUUAGGAUGGUACAAAAUGGGCUAUCGUCACUAAAUCAUUUCAUUCCGAAUUAGAAUCCAGAUCAUCAGUUAAUAUUGCUACAAAUGUAGAAAAUACAGUGCCAAAAAUUAAUAAACCAAUUCGAAUAGCUACAUUGAAUAUACUUGCACAUUGUUUUCCAUGGUUUAUUGAAAUGGCUAUUCGAAGUGCUGAAAGAUAUGAAUGGCUUUGUAAUGGUAUCAUUAAUCUCAAUCCCACUAUAAUUGGUUUAAAUGAAGUUACUAGUACUGCACUACAACGGUUACAAGAAUGUUCAUUUAUUCGUGAAAAUUAUUUUAUAACAGAAAUAUUUGAUGGAAAUAAUAAUGAUAAUACUAAUCUUCUUUUUCCUCAUUGGUGCGUCAUUUUAAGUAAAUUACCAUUGAUUGAAGUAUUUGCCAUAUCUGUAUCGGAUAGAAAACGUGAAGCUAUUGUUGGAAAAGUUCAACUUGGUAGUACUA